AAAACUCUACAAAAAUUGUGCGUUUCAAACAAGUUGUUGCCGCCAAUUACGGCCAACCAACCUCCCAACACCACCACCAACAACAACACCAGCAUAGUGUCCAGCACUAUUCGUGCCCGACGUCGGCAACAACGGCAGCAGCAACCGUGCAUACCAACCACAAAGUGAACAACUUUGAGGCAAAAAUGCAUCUCACAACGACAACAAAUGGAGGUGGGGCCAACAAUGCCAAUAACACGGCCGCCUCCAAUACGGCCAACAAUAACAACAACAACAAUUCGAAUACACAGAAUAACAACAAUAACAGUUCGAAUAAUUCAAAUGCCAAUAACAACAAUAGUUCGAAUGGCAACAACAACUCGACAGAACAAAAUACUCCGCCCACAGCAGCCCAGCUGCUCAAUGAGGCCUAUACAAAAAUGACUUCGGAUAUCUUGGCCGAACGUACUUUGGGUGAUUUUCUUACCGAACAUCCGGGUGAAUUGAUUCGUACCAGUAGUCCAUUGUUUGUGUGUACAGUGUUACCGCCCCACUGGCGUUCGAAUAAGACAUUGCCGGUGGCGUUUAAAGUUGUUUCGCUGGGUGAUAUUAUGGAUGGGACAAUGGUGACGGUGAGAGCGGGCAAUGAUGAAAACUACUGUGCAGAGCUGAGAAAUUCAACGGCGGUAAUGAAAAAUCAAGUUGCCAAAUUUAAUGAUUUACGUUUUGUGGGGCGAAGUGGUAGAG